GCGAAAUGUGAACUGAAUUCUAUGGAGUCGUAAGACCGAAGUGGCCUUGAUCGUCAUCCCGGAGGAGGCGGAGAUGCUCUUGUCUAUUCUCAAGGAUCCAGACCUCUACUGCGCGACAAACUUGAUUACCUAUGCGGCUCCAGUCACACGGAAGAUGCUCCAUUUCAGCAAUCUCAACUUCUUCAGUGUCCCUUCCCAUCCUCAUGAUUGGAAGGCUCCGGAUUGGCUGAAGAUCGAGCUGGGAAUCUACGGAGGCCGGCUGUAUUUUGAAUGGACCGACUAUGACCAGCUCUGCGAAUUCCUUGGCAUCGAUCAGUCAUUGCCGUUGUUAGAGUAUCUCGAUCAGGAGGGAUCAGACAGCGACUCUGCCGAUACGCAGAGCGGAGAGAAGCAUAAGGUGUAUGUGGCGCCUAACGGCCUUACUGCGCGGCCCCUGUCUUUCGUGCAGGAGUGGCUCGCCGCGCGCCGUCGCGGCCAAGACUUCAUGUCGACCCCAAUGGGUUUCAUUGCACAGGGCAAGACUCUCCAGGAGGAUCACCCGUUCUUCCGCCAAGUCGUCAUCGAGAAUGAAGAGAAACUGUUUGCUCCUAUUCAAAGCAAAGGGGAUGACGAAGAGGACAAUGGCGAUCAUCACAUUGACGUGUUUGCUGUGGAUGGCAUGGGUGCUAAUGAAGAGGACGAUAGCGAUGCACACGAGGACGAGAUUGAGUACAAUGAUUCGGAAAUUGGAAGUGAAGAUGAGAAGGAUUAAUUCGUCUUAUUGGUCACAUCUCGGCCGAUCCGUCGUUGAGUUCCGAGAAGUUUGAUGGGACGGGCCAUGUUUUGUGUGAGAAUAGCUCGUUUACGGCCUGGGAUGUCUUUUGUUGUCAGAUACCCCUGGUUCAAUUGCUCGAAUAGCUAGGUAUGCAUUCUUCCUUUCAGUGAAUGUGCAGCUCGUGAUCUUCUUAUGCUAUGACUUUGAAGAACUUCUACAGAGAACAAUCAUUUACCUAAGGUAGGUACUUUACCUUAAGGUUCCUUAGGUUAAGACGGCUCCGCAGACGCCUUAUCGCCCAACCUGAUUAUCGAUAAG